AUGGAUCUUAAUGCUGUCAUCAAUAGAAUGCUUAAACGUGACAAGAAAACUAGAAAUAAGAGGUUGUAUCUUAGAUUAUUCUCAGCCAUCCCACUUUCAAAUAAUACAGGUCUAGUAGAAUGGGUUCCUAAUACAAAUGUUUUGAGAAAACUUAUUGAUGAUGAAUAUUUAAGAAUGCAAAAGCAACCUUUGCAACAAUCAAUACUAACAAAGUUUGGAAAAUCCAAUGGUGUUCCACAGAAAAGCUAUGGAACAGCAUUUGACUAUGCAGUUAAGGAUUACCCACCAGUUUUUGGUAAAUAUUUCUUACAUCAAUUUUUAGAACCAAACCAGUGGUAUCAGAAUCGUCUCAACUUUGUCAAGACAGCAGCAGUUUGGAGUAUGGUUGGAUAUAUAGUAGGAUUGGGUGAUAGACAUAGCGAAAACAUUUUAAUAGACACCAACAAUGGAGAUACAAUCCAUGUUGACUUGGCAAUGUUGUUCGAAAGUGGUAGACUAUUGAACAUACCAGAAAAAGUACCAUUCAGAUUGACCAGAAAUAUGAUAGAUGGUAUGGGAGUUACAGGAUAUGAAGGAGCUUUUAGAUUGACCUGUGAAGCAACUUUGGAAUUGUUGAGAAAGAAUAAUGAAACGUUGUUGAAUGUUUUAGAAACCUUCAAACACGAUCCACUCCUGGAUUGGGAACAAAUUCAAAAGAAGAAAGAAAACCAAGCCAAGAAAGCCAUGAAUUCUGCUGAUGUAGAUUCGGCACACAAAAUAAUUGGACAAAAACUUCAAGGAAUUGUUGGUGAUAGUGCACUUCCUCUCAGUAUUUCUGGUCAGGUUGAUUACUUGAUCGAUGAAGCAACCAACGAAGAAAACUUGAAGAGUAUGUACAUCUGGUGGAUGCCUUUCCUAUAA